AAUGUCGUCGUCCUCGUGUCACUUCGAGUAGGAAAAAAAAAAAUCUGUGACGAGCGUUUUAGGGGCUUCUGCCACCAGCAAGUUCUCAGCCAUAGCUCCAUAACCAACUCUUCGCCCGUCAAUUUCUUCCUUCCACCAUCUUCCAUUUCCUUCCUCCAUACUCCAAUCCCUCACUGCCUCCUCACCACUCGCUUCUCCGAUUCCCCCAAUAAUGGCGUCAAUUUUCUUCUCACCUGCUGUCUCCUCCGCUUCCGCCCUCCCAAGAGCUUCCUUCCGACCUCGCUCCGACCUGCAUUUACAGCCCCGUUCGUGCCGGUUUGGAGUUAGAUGCAGUUAUGCAGAUGCGGGAGUGGGGGAUGAAUAUGCGCCAAAUACUAUUGAUGUAGUUGCGGAUGUUAGGAGUGAGAAGGUUGUGGUUUUAGGAGGUAGCGGAUUUGUUGGUUCUGCUAUAUGUAAGGCGGCAGUAUCCAAGGGCAUCGAAGUUGUUGGUGUGAGCAGGUCAGGUCGUCCAACCAUUACGAGUUCAUGGGUAGAUCAAGUUACUUGGGUUCCAGGAGAUGUUUUCUACCUCAAGUGGGAUGACGUACUUGUUGGGGCUACGGCAGUGGUCUCAACAAUUGGAGGUUUUGGCAGUGAGGAACAGAUGAAAAGAAUUAAUGGUGAUGCCAAUGUUGCGGCUGUUAAUGCAGCAUAUGAUUUUGGAAUUCCCAAGUUUGUCUUAAUAUCAGUCUAUGAUUACAAUCUACCUUCGUUUCUGCUUUCAUCUUCAUACUUCACUGGAAAAAGGCAAGCAGAAUCCGAGGUCCUCUCCAAAUUUCCAAGAUCUGGCGUUGUACUUAGACCUGCUUUCAUAUAUGGAAAAAGGAGGGUAGAUGGUUUUGAGAUUCCCUUGGAUUUGGUUGGAGAACCAGUUGAAAAGUUUCUGUCUGUCUUUGGAAACUUCAUCAAACCUCUAAGUUCCAUUCCUGCUUCCGACGUUUUUCUUGCUCCCCCCGUCAGCGUGGACGAUUUAGCACUUGCUACCAUCAAUGCGAUCACCGACGACGAUGUCUUUGGUGUAUUCACAGUUGAACAGAUCAAGGAAGCUGCAGCAAAAGUGAGAGCGUGACGUAAUCCUCUCUCAAUUUCUGCUGAAGAAACACAUCUAAUGGUUUGGAAAAUAUCAUAAUCAAAAUUAGCUUCUUUAGUCAUAGUUAUUUGAGGAUCAACCUACUUUUAUAGUACACUUAAAACAUUCUUCUAUAUUGCUAUAGUUUCAUAUAUUGAAAUAUAUCUUACCAGUAUUAUAUUCUUUAGUAUUA